GCCCAGCAGGUAGCGGUAAUGAACCCUAAGUUGGCUUGCAAACCGUCAAUAAACAUCAUAAGAAGAAGACGAAGAAGACGCAUUAAAUGCUGUAGUUAUAGUUCCUGGUUGCACGAAGUAAAGAACCACCCACUCUUCAGUUUAUUGUUAUUCAGAUUUUUAAAGCUAAAGAGUUAUUUCACUGCGGCCAAUAUGUUCAAAAGUUUAGGGACGUGGUUGGGUUUAGAGAACCAGACGUACACAAGGACGUCGGAUGACAAAGAAAAUCCGAACGCUGAGCAGGAAGAAAAGGUAGUAGAAGCACAAAACGAGGUAAACAAACAGCAACCAGCUGAGCAGGACGGAGAACCAUCGGCUAACCAGGAAAACUCUGAGCAGAGCAAAGGACUGGGUGAAUACAUCUUCAGUUUUGCCUCCAGUGCCACCAAGAAGAUCUCAGAGUCAGUGGUAGAGACCGCUCAGACCAUCAAGAAGACUGUGGAAGAAGGAAAAAUUGAUGGCAUCAUAGACAAGACUUUUCUAGGAGACUUCCAAAAGGAGCAAGAGAAAUUUGUCCAAGAGAAGAAAGCCAAAAAAUCUGAAGCAGCAGUUCCUCCCUGGGUUGGCUACAAUGAGGAGGAGACAAUCCAGCAACAGAUCCUUGCUUUGUCAGCUGACAAGAGAAACUUCUUGCGAGACCCUCCCGCCGGUGUUCAGUUCCACUUCAACAUGGAGCAGAUGUAUUCCCUGGCUGCAGUGAUGCUGGAGGAAGACCAGCUCCUUAACCGCAUGCGCUUCGACCUGGUUCCUAAACAUGUGAAAGAGGAGGUGUUCUGGAGGAAUUAUUUCUACCGGGUGUCCCUGAUCAAGCAGUCAGCUCAGCUCACAGCCCUGGCAGCCCAGCAGCAGCAGAAGAGUGGCGAGGACAGAGAGCCCGGUGUUUCACAUCAAGACGUCGUCGUAACAGACAAUGUCAGACCCAAAACACCACCAGUUUCCAUCAGUGACAUACAGAAGCAGCCACCUCAGGAAGAAGAGGAGGAGAUGUCAACAAGUCCAGGAGUAUCAGAGUUUGUGAGCGAUGCUUUUGACUCGACAGCCAUCAACCACGAGGACCUGAGGAAAGAGAUGGAGCAGCUGGUGUUGGAUAAGAAGGACAGUGUCCCCUCUCCUGAUGACGAGUCAGCAGACUGGGAGAAGGAGCUGCAGCAGGAGCUUCAGGAGUACGAGGUGGUGACCGAGUCAGACAACAAAGAUGACCAGUGGGAUCAAGAGAUUGAGAAGAUGCUCCAGGCUGAUGACAGCUAGACAACGACUGUGUGUCUAUCUCCUGUACAGGCAGUGGUCUGGCCCAAAAUGGAUGAAUAAUGAUUCAUAGUGACCAGUGAUGCACAAAGGGGAUGAAGUUCCACAUCCUCUGCCCCACCCUACUGUGAUUACUAUCUUGUACAUUCUCCUGUACCUGAUGAAGGUGUAGAUUGAGUAAUAGCAAGAGUCUGUCACCUAUGCUGCAAGCAGUGGUUGCGUUCAGGCAUAUUGGUGAAAGUACUGCUUCAUUGCUCCUUCCUAAAUUUGUUUUAUCCUCUUGUUUUCUCUUCUCUUUUCUUGUUGUGAUGGGGAAAAGCUGCCAGAGGGCGCUCCAACACAAGAACUAUGAAUUUUAUAAUGGAGG